UUUUGACUUGUGCGGGCACCCGUAUUUUCGACUUGUUACCAAGGCAGCCAGGAAGAAGCUGUGAGACGAGCUGACGGAGCAGCUAUGGGCUUCAGAAAAGGUUGAGGAUUUUUCCAGCUUGCCACCAUGGGCACCGCAUCCUCUAUGGUCAGCCCAGGAGAGGUGAUCGAGGAUGGAUAUGGGGGUGAAGGUGGAGAAGCUUGUGAGAUACCGGUCGAGGUCAAGCCCAAAGCCCGACUCCUGCGCAGCUCCUUCCGUCGAGGACCUCGGGUAAUCGGGGCCAGUUUCAAAUCCACAGGAUCUGUGGAUUUAGAGUACGCUGCAGAGUAUGAAAGACUCCGUAAAGAGUAUGAGAUCUUCCGUGUCAGCAAGAAUAAUGAGAUCUCAUCCAUGCAGAAGAAGGAAGCCAAGCUGGAUGAAGAGAACAAGAGGCUGAGAGCUGAGUUACAGGCUUUGCAGAAAACCUACCAGAAGAUCCUUAGAGAAAAAGAAAGUGCUCUUGAGGCAAAGUACCAAGCUAUGGAGAGGGCUGCCACCUUUGAACACGACAGGGACAAAGUAAAGCGACAGUUUAAGAUUUUCCGAGAAACAAAAGAGAAGGAGAUACAAGACCUGUUGCGAGCGAAAAGGGACUUAGAGGCCAAAUUGCAACAGCUACAGGCUCAGGGCAUCCAAGUCUAUGAUCCAAAUGACUCCGAUUCAGAUGACAACCAAACCACUGUCACUGCUGCAGGGACACAGUGCGAGUACUGGACUGGUGGUGUUCUGGGAAGUGAGCCCUCUAUGGGCAGCAUGAUGCAGCUGCAGCAGACCUUCAGAGGACCAGAGUUUGCACACAGUUUGAUAGAUGUGGAGGGACCCUUUGCAAAUGUGAGCAGAGAUGACUGGGAUGCAGCAGUGGCCAGUCUCCUCCAGGUUUCACCUCAUGUGCCCCAGGCCUUAUGGAGUAACACAGUGCGCUGCUACCUGAUCUGCACCCCGGAGACUAAAGCUGAGCUGGAUAUCUUUAUUAAGAAGCACUCUCCUGUGUUACGGCGGAUGUGUGAGGGUCUAGGCCACUUCUACCUGAAUGUCUGCUUCCCAGAGGAGAAUGCUGCUUCGUACGCUGUGGAGCGAAAGCAGGAGAUUGAAAGGAGUUCUGUGUGUGUACUUCUUCUGAAAUCCACUGUCACAAGCUCUCUGGUGGAGGACUGUGAGGAGGCUUUUGUGAAGAAUCCAGAUGGUCAUCCUUUGGUACUCUACCUGAGAACUGAAGAAGGUCACAGUUUGACUGGACCCAUCAGACAACUGCUAGAACGGGUGAAUGCUGCAGACAAGGCUGCUAAAAUCAAGGUGGUGGAUCAUAGUGGUUCUGCUGAAGAGGGGGCCAAUCUGAUUUAUGCUCAGCUAGAGAAAGUCAUCAAACAGGAGCUGCUGGGUCUUGAGGGAGCAGAUGUUGACUCUAAGGACUCUGGGAUAGAGGAGGGGCAUGAGGAAGACUCAGGAGAUGUGCUGUGGGACCUGCAUGAUGAGCAGGAACAGAUUGAGUCUUAUCAGCAGGCUUGUAGCAGCACCACCUCACAAUUAGGCUUCCAGAAGUAUAUAGAUCGUUUGAAUGAUAUGAUAGCAGCUCCUCCUCCCACACCGCCUCUGCUGGUAUCUGGUGGUCCAGGCUCAGGGAAGUCUCUGUUGCUGUCCAAAUGGAUUGAACUGCAGCAGAAACAAUCCCCCAACACCUUGUUUCUUUAUCAUUUUGUUGGUCGCCCACUUUCUACAAGCUCGGAGCCUGUUCUCAUUAUCAAACGCCUCACAGUCAAACUGCUGCAGCACUUCUGGUCAAUUUCUGGCUUGUCAAUGGAGCCCAGUAAGAUCUUGGAGGAGUUUCCCCGCUGGCUUGAAAGACUAUCAGCGCGACAUCAAGGAAACAUCAUUAUCAUCAUAGACUCCAUUGACCAAAUACAGCAAGCAGAAAGACACAUGAAGUGGCUGAUUGACCCUCUACCUGUCAAUGUCAGAGUGGUUGUGUCUGUCAAUGUAGAGACGUGUCCUCAAGCUUGGAGGUUGUGGCCCACACUCCACUUAGACCCACUUAGUCCCAGAGAGGUCAGGAGUGUUGUCAAUGCAGAGUGCCAGAAUGUGGAUUUUAAACUUACCAAGGACCAGGAAAAGAAGCUGGAAAGGCAUUGUCGUUCUGCAUCCACCUGCAAUGCAUUAUACGUCACACUGCUGGCAAGGAUGAUCACCAGUAAAUCGUGUUGGUCGCUGGAGAAAAGCCUGGAGCAGUGCCUUCAUUGUCAGGACACCAUGUCACUCUAUCGCCUGGCACUUAAGAUGACGCUGAACUCUCUCAGCACAGACAGAGAGCGGCACAUUAUGAGAGAGAUAUUGUGCCUUGUAUGUGCCAGCCAUAAUGGAGUGAGUGAAUCAGAGGUACUAGAUCUUUUCCCAGAGGUCGAGUUGCCUCUUCUGUCCUCUCUGCUUUACCGCCUGAACAGACUCUGCAUUGUAACCCUCCGCUGUGGACUCAUCAGGUUUCAACAUCUGCAGGCUUGGGAAGCUGUGAGACUGGAGUUUUUAGAUGGGGGAAGCAGCUCCACUACAUACAGAGAGAAGCUAAUCCAUUACUUCAACCAACAGCUCAGUCAGGACCGUGUGACGUGGCGUGUCGCAGAUGAACUUCCCUGGUUGCUACAGCAGCAGGAGGACAGAACUAAACUACAGCUCAGCCUUUUGAACCUGUUUGUCUCCCAAAACCUCUACAAGAGAGGUCAUUUCUCUGAGCUGCUGGCCUAUUGGCAGUAUGUGGGGAAAGACAAAAGCUCCAUGGCUAGUGAGUACUUUGACUCUCUGAAACGCUAUGAGAAGAGCUGUGAGAGUGAGGACAGCAUGACCAAGCUCGCAAACUUAUACGAAACGUUAGGGCGUUUCCUCAAAGACCUGGGCCUUCCUAGUCAGGCUGUAGCCCCUUUACAAAGGUCUCUGGAGAUCAGAGAGACAGCCCUGGAUCCAGACCAUCCCAGCGUAGCUCGCUCUCUACACCAGCUGGCUGGAGUUUAUGUCCAGUGGAAGAAAUAUGGCAAUGCUGAGCAGCUGUACAAGCAAGCCCUUGAGAUAAGUGAGAAUGCCUAUGGUGCGGAGCACGCCAGCGUGGCACGAGAGCUGGAGUCACUGGCUAUGCUUUACCAGAAGCAAAACAAGUAUGAACAAGCAGAGAAACUCAGGAAGAGGUCAGUGAAGAUCCGUCAGAAGACUGCUCGCCAGAAAGGUCAUAUGUAUGGCUUCACUUUGCUGAGGCGCAGAGCUCUGCAGCUGGAAGAGUUGACUCUGGGAAAAGACUCUGCAGACUGUGCUAAGACGCUCAAUGAACUGGGCGUCCUGUACUACCUCCAGAACAACCUAGAUGCAGCCAAGGUGUUCCUGACCCGCUCUCUGGAGAUGCGCCAGCGUGUCCUCGGCCCAGAUCACCCAGACUGUGCUCAGUCCCUCAACAACCUUGCUGCGCUGCACACUGAAAGGAGGGAGUACGAAACGGCCGAGGACAUGUAUGAGAGGGCGCUGGACAUCCGCAAGAAAGCCCUGUCCCCUGACCACCCCUCCCUGGCAUACACCCUCAAACACCUGGCCAUGCUCUAUAAACGCAGAGGGAAGCUGGAGAAGGCAGUUCCACUUUAUGAGCUGUCUUUGGAAAUCAGGGAAAAAAGUUUUGGACCCAAACACCCCAGUGUGGCCACGGCACUGGUCAACCUGGCAGUAAUCUACUGUCAGCUGAAAAAGCACAGUGACGCCUUGCCCCUUUAUGAAAGAGCACUUAAAGUGUAUGAAGACAGUUUGGGACGCUCGCAUCCUCGAGUCGGAGAGACCCUAAAAAACCUGGCUGUGCUCAGCUAUGAAGAGGGUGACUUUGAGAAAGCGGCUGAGCUUUACAAGCGUGCAAUGGAGAUUAAAGAGGCAGAGCCAUCAUUAGUGUGUGGUAACGCCCCGUCUCGCCAUUCCUCCAGUGGAGACACGUUCAGUCUGAGGGGACCUGCUCCACUCCCACAUGCCCCGAGUUCUGGUCAGUCAAACCCAACUUUCCUCAUCCAGACACCUUCAAAGAGCUAUGUUCUCAGGAAGAGACCCCCAGGAGAGCUGCUGCCAGGAGCCCACAAGGUGGACAGGGAGUAUCGGGUGCAGAAGGCCCUCUUCUCUGCUGGUUUCCCCGUGCCUCAGCCUCUCUUGCACUGCACCGAUGCGGAAGUCAUUGGGACCGAGUUCUACUUAAUGGAGCAUGUGAAGGGGCGAAUUUUCAGGGAUCUUCGUCUCCCUGGAGUGAGUCCAGCAGAGAGAACAGCUCUGUAUGUGGCUGCAGUGGAACUCUUGGCAAAGCUUCACUCGCUGGACCUGGCAUCACUCAACCUUGAAGGUUAUGGCAGAGGCGCCGGUUAUUGCAGGAGACAAGUGUCCACCUGGACAAAGCAGUACAAGGCAGCAGCACACAAAGACAUUCCAGCCAUGAAUGAACUGUCCGGUUGGUUGAUGAAGAAUUUACCAGCCAGUGAUAGUGAAGUCACUCUGGUCCAUGGAGAUUUCCGAGUGGACAACUUGGUUUUCCAUCCAACUGAGGCACGUGUGAUAGCAGUGUUGGACUGGGAGCUGUCGACCACCGGGCAGCCGUUGGUGGACUUGGCCUACUUCCUUAUGCCUUACUACUGGCCCACAAGUUUAAGCAUCAUCAGCUCAAUGGGCAGUUUGAAAGGAGUAGAAGGAGCUCCAUCUGUGGGCGACCUGAUCUCCAUUUACUGCAGAUGUCGGGGGAUCCCAUCCAUGUUGCCACAGUGGAAUUUUUACUUGGCCCUGUCGAACUUUAAAAUGGCUGGAAUUGCUCAGGGGAUCUAUGCUCGCCACUUACUGGGUAACGCCAGUGCGCCCAAUGCAGCCCUGUUCGGCCAGUGUGUGGAGCCCUUGGCUAAAGAAACCUUGCAGCUCGUGCAGAGGCCUCUCACAGAUCCAACAAAAGACAGACUGUUCCUCCAGACUGCUAAAGGUCAGGCUGUUCUCCAGCAGGUCAAAGACUUCAUGAGACAGUACGUGCUUCCGGCUCAGCAGGAAGUUGCGGAGUACUAUUCCAAACAUGCUCAGUCUUCACAAAGGUGGCGCACCCCGCAAAUAAUAGAAGAUCUAAAGGUGAAAGCCAGGGCGGCGGGACUGUGGAACCUGUUCCUGCCUACAGUCAGUGGACUCAGUCAGCUGGAUUAUGCGUAUAUUGCAGAAGAAACUGGACGUUGCCUCUUUGCCCCUGAAGUGUUCAACUGCCAGGCUCCUGACACGGGAAAUAUGGAGGUGCUCCACAUGUUUGGCAGUGAGGAACAGAAGAAGAAAUGGCUGGAGCCUUUGCUCAGUGGAGAGAUCCGCUCCUGCUUCUGUAUGACAGAGCCUGAUGUGGCCUCCAGUGAUGCAACCAACAUGGAGUGCAGCUUUCGCAAGGAUAAAGACAACUACAUCAUAAAUGGCAAGAAAUGGUGGAGCAGUGGUGCUGGCAAUCCCCAAUGCAAAGUGGCCAUUGUGAUGUGCAGGAGCAGCUCUCAGGAUGUUAGCAGCAGACAUGGCCAACACAGCAUGAUCCUCGUACCUAUGGACACACCAGGUGUAAAGCUCGUCAGGCCGGUCACUGUGUUUGGACAGGAUGAUGCGAUCCAUGGCGGCCACUUUGAAGUGCACUUUGAAAACGUUUGGGUCCCUGCCACCAACAUGAUUCUGGGGGAGGGCAGGGGGUUUGAGAUCGCUCAGGGUCGUCUGGGACCCGGCAGGCUGCACCACUGUAUGAGAGCCAUCGGCCUCGCGGAGUUUGCGCUGGAGCUACUUUGCCAGAGGGCUGCUUCCAGGCAAACAUUUGGGAAAAAGCUGUACCAACAUGAAGUUGUCACUCACUGGAUAGCAGAGUGUCGCCUCAUGAUAGAACAGACCCGCCUGCUGACCCUCAGUGCUGCUCAUGCUCUGGAUACAAUGGGCAGCCGGUUUGCUCGCAAGCAGAUUGCUAUGAUCAAAGUGGCAGCAGCCAGAAUGGCCUGUAAGGUGGUGGACUGUGCCAUCCAGGUGUACGGAGGUGCAGGUGUGUCUGGAGACUUCCCACUAGCACAGAUGUAUGCUUAUGCCCGGACUCUGCGCAUCGCUGAUGGACCAGACGAGGUUCACCUCUCCUCCAUAGCAUAUCUGGAACUGAGAGAUCAGCUAAAACAGACACAGGCAAAACUAUGAUCUUGUGCCUACAACAUCACUACAUGGUAAUAAGCUAUUACAUUGCCAUGCUCUCAGCUUUUGUCUUUACAACAACAGUUAGUGAACCUUCUGUGAUCUCAAAACAGCUUAAAUGAACAAAAAUAAUCUUGUAACUGAUUUGUAAUAAGCUGUAUAUUUUUACUGCAUCCUACUUGAAGUUAAAAAUCAUUGUGUUCAAAGUAUGUCUGCAUCAGCUAUUUAAUAAAAACAUAACACUUGUUUA